AUGGAUUUACAAGCACCCGGCCUUUCGCCGACGAAAAACCACUUAAGUCUUUGGUGGAAGCAGAUCCGUAACAAUCCGAAAAGCAUGUCUAGCGACUCUCUUCCAGUUAACGACAUCAAACCGUCUAGACCAGCCCUCAUGCAACAUUCGCGGUCUUUCAAUCACUCAAGAAGGCCCGCAUCUCCACCGAGCGACCCGAACUCGGAAGAAUACAGGUCAUACAGAGACUCGUUUCUCUCUAGCCAGCAUCAGUUCAUGGGUCAAGUGUUUGGUGUCCCGCUAUCAGAAUCAUUGAAAGUUGCAAGUGCGGAAGUUAUAGUGCAAAGUGAGCUCGUAAGCUUUGGCAGAAUACCUAUUCUCGUUGCAAAAUGCGGGGCUUACUUGAAGUCUCAAGGUCUUAAAACUUCCGGAAUUUUUAGGAUAGCGGGUAACAGCAAGCGUGUAAAGGAGCUUCAAUACAUCUUCUCCUCCCCACCUAGCUAUGGUACAAAAUUAAGCGACUGGGAUGGCUACACUGUACAUGAUGCCGCUUCAGUAUUGAGGAGAUAUCUUAACAACUUGGAGGAGCCUUUGGUGCCUCUAAGUUUGUAUGAACAGUUCAGAAUGCCACUACAGAGCAGACCCCGAAUUUUAAAGCAUCUAGCGAACGCAUCUCAGAGAGAAAAGAACGACCAAAGUGAUCAGGAAAAACCAAAAAGAGAGGAGGUCGAUGCAGAGGAGGCGCAGAGACUUAAAAUGAAAGCAGUGCGACACAAGAAAAGGCUAACAAGAGAUAUAAAGGCAGCUUUGAAAGAAUACGAAAGCCUUUUCUCGAGCCUUUCAGGCGACGCAAGGCAGCUGCUGAUUUAUCUGUUAGACCUCCUCAGUCUUUUUGCCCAGCAGUCAGACGUCAACUUGAUGACUGCGCGAAAUCUGGCAGCAAUUUUUCAGCCAUCAAUAAUGUCCCACCCGCAACAUGACAUGGAUCCUAAGCAAUACGAACUCUCAAGAUAUGUGGUUGAGUUUUUGAUAGAAUACUCAUACAAGCUGCUACCUCACUUAUUAAAAAACAGCAAAACUGCUCGGGAUACUGCUAAUGAAACACCGAAACUUAAGCAACCUACUUACGAAAAAGAUAGAGAAGUUACAAUACCGCAAACGGUUGUUUCACCAGAUCCUGGAACUCCAAACGAAGAAGAGGCUGUUCUGCUGUCUCCUGUCACGCCCACAAGUCCCCGCCAUAAUCUGGAAAGCCAAUCGCGCCUUACUCCCCCAAGCCCUUCGUUUUUAGAAAAACAAAAUCAUAUACCCAGAGGCAGGCCUCACAGCAAGUCAAUGAGUUAUACGCUAAAUCCCUCGGAUGUUAUUUCUGGUAGGCGAAAUUCUCGUUUUCCAUGGUUGAAUCGGGCAUUAUCCAACGACACUGGCGACACAGGUACCGAAGAGGAUUGUGAAGAGGAGGAAGAAGAAGACAUCAACUCCCCAUCAAGUAUCCACUCUGGUUCCGUGCCGAAGCAAAAUUUCCUGUCUCUACCGAAGCCAAGAAUAAGAAGUAUGAGUGGAAACAGCACUACUUCUGGUGGUAUGCGGCCUUUAUCUCAAAUAAUGAACCAGUCUAUUGAAGAACUAACUUCAUCAUUGGGAAUAAGGAGAAACAGCGGAACUGAGGGCUCACAGCCUGGCACCGAUGAAGAGACUGAACAUCAUUCAAGGUCAAGAUCGGCCAGACGAAAUUCAUGGUUUCAAAGGUUGAGAAGCCAGUCGCGGUCGGCAACCCGAACAUGA